UCGGUGACGCUCGCCUGCAGGGACCACGCCGGCCCGGGCACAGCGAUGAAGGGCUGCGCCUCGGACCUCGUAGCGCUCAGCCUCAUAAGUGGGCAAAAUAACCACGCAAGUCACCGAACAAGAAGACUUCAGUGUUCCAACUGAGAGAAAGGGCCCCUGAGCAGGCGACACCCGUGCUGCAGCGGCGCAGGGACCAGCCAGGAGACUGAGGACAAGAUCGUUCUCAGCAGCGGGGACCGCAAAGGCGGGGAACAAGCUCGAGUUCCGGGAGGGCCGAAGCCAGCGCAAGCCGAGGAGGGGCUGUUGGGCAAGCAGGGGUGUCCCCCAGACGGCGACCGCGGCAGAAGCUCGAGAACCCAGACUGCGAGCGGGUAAGGCUCGGCGGUGGGCUGCAGCCUUCGCGCCCGGAAGUAGAGAAGGAGACCCGGCCGGGUCCAUUUCCCUGAGCAGCUCGGCCCCUCUAGGGAUCGCGGAGGCCUGGCUCUCGCUGGCUCUUGAGAGCAGGCUACAGUCGGUCACCGAGGGAGGCUUCGGACCGGGAGGCGGGCCAAAUGACGUAAACAGCGUUGCCCUCCAGGAUUGGCGGACCCGGCUGUGGAGGCGGAAACUGAGAGGCAAGAGCCCCCAGGGAUUGGCGGCUGCGCAGACGGGGCGGGGCAGCCCUUUGUCUGAGGGUGCUGCGGGCUCCCGUCACUUCGCGCGUGAGGCUGCGGCGUGGACGCCCCACAGGCUCCUUCAAUUUCUGUGAUUCUCAGAGGCCCCAGGAGACCAGGUGAUGGCAGCAGCCAGGCUCCUGCCAGUGCCUGCAGGACCCCAGCCCGUGUCGUUUCAGGCCAAGUUAACCUUCGAGGAUGUGGCUGUGCUCCUCUCCCAGGAUGAAUGGGACCGCCUGGGUCCUGCUCAGAGGGGCCUAUACAGAAAUGUGAUGAUGGAAACCUAUGGGAAUGUAGUCUCACUGGGACUUCCAAUAUCCAAGCCUGACUUAAUCUCUCAGCUGGAGCGAGGGGAAGAUCCCUGGGUCCUGGAUGGGAAGGGGGCUAAGGAGAGCCAGGGCCUGUGGAGUGGCCACUCAGAAUAUGAAACCAAGGGAGAGAAUCAAAAUACAGACUUGAGUCUGAAGCCAUUAAUUUCAGAGGAAACAGUGAUUCUGGGGAAAACAUCCUUGGGGAGGAUUGAUCAAGAAAAUAAUGAAACAAAGCGAAGCUUCUCUCUAAGUCCAAAUUCUGUUGACCACCGUGAAAUUCAGGUCUUAAGCCAAAGCGUACCACUCACUCCACACCAGGCAGUGCCUAGUGGAGAGAGGCCCUACAUGUGUGUUGAGUGUGGGAAGUGCUUUGGCCGGAGUUCCCACCUCCUUCAGCAUCAGCGUAUCCACACUGGAGAGAAGCCCUAUGUGUGCAGUGUAUGUGGGAAGGCCUUCAGCCAGAGCUCAGUACUUAGUAAACACAGAAGAAUUCACACAGGUGAGAAGCCCUAUGAGUGUAACGAGUGUGGAAAAGCCUUUAGAGUGAGCUCAGAUCUUGCUCAGCAUCACAAGAUACACACGGGAGAGAAGCCUCACGAAUGUCUUGAGUGUCGGAAAGCCUUCACUCAACUCUCACAUCUCAUUCAGCACCAGCGGAUCCACACAGGAGAAAGGCCAUAUGUGUGUCCAUUGUGUGGGAAAGCCUUCAACCAUAGCACUGUCCUGCGGAGCCACCAGAGGGUACACACCGGGGAGAAGCCUCACAGGUGCAAUGAGUGUGGGAAAACUUUCAGUGUGAAAAGGACACUACUGCAGCACCAGAGGAUCCACACUGGGGAGAAGCCCUACACAUGCAGCGAGUGUGGGAAGGCCUUCAGUGACCGCUCAGUCCUCAUUCAGCACCACAACGUGCACACUGGGGAGAAGCCCUAUGAGUGCAGCGAAUGUGGGAAGACCUUCAGCCACCGCUCUACCCUGAUGAAUCACGAGCGGAUCCACACUGAGGAAAAACCCUAUGCAUGCUACGAAUGUGGGAAGGCCUUCGUUCAGCACUCACACCUGAUCCAGCACCAGAGAGUCCACACUGGGGAGAAGCCCUAUGUGUGUGGUGAGUGCGGGCAUGCCUUCAGUGCACGUCGGUCUCUAAUCCAGCAUGAGAGAAUCCACACCGGUGAAAAGCCUUUCCAGUGCACAGAAUGUGGCAAAGCCUUCAGCCUAAAAGCAACUCUGAUUGUGCACCUGAGGACCCACACGGGCGAGAAGCCCUAUGAGUGCAAUAGCUGUGGGAAAGCCUUCAGCCAGUACUCAGUGCUCAUCCAGCACCAGCGGAUCCACACAGGUGAGAAGCCCUACGAGUGCGGGGAGUGUGGGCGCGCCUUCAACCAGCACGGCCACCUAAUCCAGCACCAGAAAGUGCACAAGAAGUUGUGACCCGUGGCUGAUAAAAGAAUCCAUCUCACAGAAACUGCACGUGGAACCGCAAGCAGCCUUCAGCCCAAAAGAAGUUUCUGUUAACUCUAUAGGAAUCCUUUCUUUGGUAAUUCAGUGUCACAAAAUAACUCCGAAAAGAAGCACUUGGCAUGAUGUUCCCGUGGAAAAAUUUCAGACUACCUGUUUUUAUUUUCCUCACCAUCUUGAGGUUACAUUGGAGAGUAAUCAUAGAAUUGUAGUGAAUUUUCGUAAAAACAGCCACAAUUCUUUCUCUGACAUUAGUUUAUUUGAACUAAGGGAAUUUAAGGCAUAAGAACUAUUGUUCCAAUAAAAUCUUCUUACAUUCCAAAUAAAGUUCUUUUUCUAAGAACAUUA